AUGUUAAGCAAAAACUUUUUGCCAGUAAUAAUCUCCUGGUUGUCAGGAAGAAGUAAGCACAUUUUAAAAGUAUAUUGCUCGACAUCGACCAGCAAUAGCUCAUCUUUGAAUGAAGUCAAAUAUAAAGACACCAAACAGAUGAAGAAGGAUAUCGAAGAAAUAAAAAUAAAAAUAAAGAUGAAAAGAAAAUUUAUAUUUGAUGAUAAAGAGAUACUCCAUAUUAUGAGCUAUGUGCGCAGUGUUAAUCCAGAUUUAAUCAACGUUUGUACAAAACAAUUGAAAUUAUGUAAGACAGAUGUUGAUGUGUUAUAUUUUAUCGACAGAGAUUCCGCUGCAGAAUAUCUCUCUUUGAUUAAAGAUGAUCUUAUAAAGAAUAUGUGUUUUGUUGCCGAGAUGAAUCCUGGUUACGGUGUGUUGACUACAGAAUUAUUAAAAGUUGAUAUACCAUUGAUUCAUCUGUACGAAGCAAGAAAGGAGUUACAUCCAAUAUUGAAUGCAAUUCAUAACAUGUAUCCUGGAAGAUUGGAUCUGCGAAAUUUUAAUCUCAUUACAACUUGCAACUCGUUUUACAAACUUAAGGACGAGAGUCAAAUUCAGCAGAUUUUUCAAGGAGUGGAAAAUAAAGAAUGGGAAGAUGAAACUUCCAUGCAGAUAAUUGGUGCGACAUCUAGCAAAUUAUUUUUUCAUCAUCUUAUACAAAGUUUAUUGUUUCGCAACUCCUUCAUGUCUUAUGGAAGACCUGUCUUCUAUUUAGCGAUACCUCCAUCUCUGUGGCAUAAAUACAGUUGUGAUAUCAGUAACGGUAAAAUAUACACUUUUACAAAAGUGAUGUUUCAAACAAUGUUCAAUUAUAAACUUCUGGGAGCAUUAAAUAGAAAAGCUUUUCUACCUUGGCCAAGGCAAAACAAUAAACUUCAACAUAAGUUCGCCCGUAUGCGAGCAAAACAAGAUUAUGAGCAAAUAAAUGUAGUAAAAAUUGAGCCAAAAAUCGAUCUUUACUCGCAAUUAUCGCUAGAAGAUUGGAUAACGUUUUCGUAUUUUGUAAGACAUCACAUGCAGAAACGUUGUAACAAAGUGAUAUCUGAAUUAGAAAAAUGGAUACCAGGCUGUGGAAUCAGAUUAAUAGCUAAAGACUACACAAUAUUUACACAGUUUGGUGACUUAACUCCAGCACAAAUGAUAGAACUUUUUAAGGAAUUUAAAUCUUGGCCUGAAUAUAACGAGAGCAAUUUCUUAGCUUCUAUGAACGAUUUAAGUGCACAUAACGAAUUAAUAGCUGCAGAACUCGAAGACAACUUGAAAAUAGACGAGUGAUUCUCUCGAAAGAUCCUUCGAAAGAAUGUGUUGGUCUAUGUCACAUCUUGGUGCGAGCCAUUUAAUCAUCUUGAAUCAUGGUUUCGAGAAGCACAUUUUUCUGAAGAAUUCCUCUUCCUCCACUGUUCCUGUAUAUAUAUGUUUAACGAC